AAAUGCUUAAUUAUCACCCAAACCGUCACUGUUUGCAUACAAUUUGUUAUAAUGGUCAGCACUAAUACUUUAAAUAUCCUUUAUUUACAAUAUUGUACAUAUUACAAGGCAUGUCCGGUUUUGUAUAGCCAAUAAUCUCAGUAUUCUUAUUUUGAUAUGACAAGUUUACGACAACAGCUGUAAAUAUUACGCAUGAUGUCAUUACACUACCCACAAUGCCUCUGCUCCAAAACAACGCACGCGCAGUGCGCACAUCUCAAGCGUCUCUCAAAGAUGGCGGGCGUCCCCGAUCCACUGGAAGAUAUGCUCUACUCCGAAGUGGACGAGAAAGCCGUCAGUGACCUCGUUGGCUCGUUAGAAUCGCAGCUCGGCGGACAAAACAAGUCGGUGGGCGAUAUAAGGAGACCGGGUUCAUCCUCAAGCGCGAUAAAUCCACACUUGGGAAAAUUGCUGCCCGCCCAAGUAGGAACAACACUGGAGCAGCAGCAGCGCCAGUCAGAGCGAAAUCAGGAGGGAAAGUCUCUGGAAAACGGUCCGGACAGGAUACAGGCGUCUAAUUCUGCCCCUUCCGCCUCGAACUUGUCAAAUAACUCCGCAUCUUUGGUCACCGCUACGAAUCGGGCGCAGUAUCAUUCAGCGGGAACGGCGGCAUCAAAUCCAUCAACUUUGUCCGCGAGCUGUUCAAGUGACGCAGCAGCAACGGACUCUCAUCCCAACACGAAUCACAUCCGGACCGCUCCCGCCAGAAUACAGAGUGUGAACGGAAGCAGUGGCACGUUGAACUCUUCUGUAAUAGCGUCUGCACCCGCCUCUGUGGCGGGAUUGCAAGUUGAAGCCAGACCAGGCAGUGUAAAUGGUAUUGACAUUGGUUCAGGUGUAGGUAAAAGCAACAUGUCUGCUCCUAAUAACACAAAUACCGCUUUCGUGUCUGCUCAGCCCAGUAGCACACUGCCACAACCAUUAGACAGUCAAGCAAAUCCCACCAUUGCACUGCACAGGCCUCCUAAUACCAUCACAGGUGUUGUACACAAUGGAGGUGACCCCAAAGUCUCGGGAUUGGGUCUCGGGUCCACUCCUGUGGCAUUAACAAACACAGAGCCCAAAUCUGACCCUCAAAGCCAGAUCAAAGCUAUCGUCCCGAACCAGCUCCCCGUUGCUCCUGUAGGUUUGCACCCCAGCACGCCCACUCAGAUUAUUGUGUCUAGUGCUAUGCAGGCUAGUCCGGUGGUGACCUCACUUCCUGUGGCAAGCACUCCCUCUGCACUCGCAAAGCCAGCGACGACGACCCUCGUAGGCCAGCCUACGACCCUGUUGAGACCGGGCAUGCCGACUCAAGGGACGGUGACCGCGACACCCCCGCAGCGUCUGGGGGCACCUACGACUCAGCUGGUGGUCAGGCCGCAGCAGCAAAAUAUCCAGUUACCUCCAGGAUUCACUAUACCGCCAGGCAUGGUACUGGUACGCACAGAGGUGGGUCAGCUGGUGUUGGUUCCCCAGCAAGUCCUGGCCCAGGUCAAAGCUCAGAAUCUAAAUAAGGGCACGCUGUCUCCAAGACCCGCAACGCCUACUGCCGCAGCACCCUUCAGAGUCACCACACCUGUUGCCCAGCAGAAAACAGCAGUGGUAACAAUUACCUCAGCUCAGAAGCCUACCACCACAGUCAUUACAGCAGGAGCCCGUGUUCAGCCCGCACCGCAGACGGUCCUCAAACCCUCACUGACCCCACAGAGUCCCACCACGACUUCCGCUGCCACCCCUGUCAACAGAGGUCCAGUCCUCUCUCAGGAAAUGCAAGAGAAUGUGAAGAAGUGCAAGAACUUCCUAGCAACGCUCAUCAAACUUGCAUCCCAUAAUUCCCCCUCACCAGAAACAUCGAAGAAUGUGAAGGCACUAGUGCAAGAUCUGUUGGACGCAAAAAUCGAACCAGAGGAGUUUACGAAUCGCCUGCAGACAGAGUUAAAGUCAUCUCCCCAACCCUACCUUAUCCCUUUUCUGAAGAAAAGCCUGCCUGCUCUGCGUCUCACUCUCCUGAACUCGCAACAGUCUAUAACCCAGCUCUCCCAAACCUCCACCACCUCCACGGUCAACACCAUUAAGGCUCCAGCGCCGAGUGCGCUGACCUCCACCGUAUCUAGCAUAAGGCCAGCCACCGUAAUGGCUCCAUCUGCCACUGUGGCUGUUAAGAGACCCGGAGUGCAGGCAACUCCAACGAGAAUGCCGAUUGUGUUCACUCAGACUGUCCGUGCUCAAGGUGCUGCUGGGACACACUUGCAAAUGAGGACUCCCAUGGGUGUGGCUUUUCAAGCCUCGGCCAAUCAGAAGCAGAAGCUGAAUGACCCUGGGGGUGGGACUUUCAGGGAUGAUGACGACAUCAAUGAUGUGGCGUCCAUGGCCGGCGUGAACCUGAACGAGGAGAACGCCCGCAUCUUGGCCACGGGCUCUGAACUGGUGGGCACCCAGAUCCGUUCCUGCAAAGACGAGGCCUUCCUUCCCGCCAGCCUGCUCCACAAGCGUCUCCUGGAGACUGCCAAGAAGUUCGGCGUGACGGAGGUGUCAAUGGAGACGGUCACUCUGAUUUCUCACGCCACUCAGUCUAGGCUGCGCUCCAUGCUGGAGAAGGUCUCGGCCGUUGCGCAACACCGCGCUGACUCCUGCAAAGAUGAGGAGCUGUACGAGCAGGCGUCGGAUGUGAGGACCCAGCUGAAGUUCUUUGAGCAGCUGGAGAGGAUGGAAAAGCAGAGGAAAGAUGAUGAAGAGAGGGAGAUUCUGAUGAAAGCAGCUAAAAGUCGCUCAAGACAAGAAGAUCCCGAGCAAGCCCGGCUCAAACAGAAAGCUAAAGAGAUGCAGCAGCAAGAACUCGCCCAGAUGAGACAACGGGACGCCAACCUCACAGCCCUCGCCGCCAUUGGACCCCGCAAGAAACGCAAGCUUGAUUCCCCAGGGGCCUCAGUGGGUGCAGAGCUUCCUGCGAGUUCCUCUGGAUCGGCGGCCGGCUCUACCUCAUCUUCCUCCUCCUCAGUCCGGCAGACCCGUCAGCGCAUCACCCGGGUUAACCUCAGGGACUUGAUCUUCUGCUUGGAGCAGGAGCGAACCACAGCCAGAUCCAUGCUGCUCUACAAGGCCCUCCUGAAGUAGCACCGAGCCGAGCCAGUGCAGAUGUGCUACGAAUGAGAUGGAUGAGUUCAUCCGUGCAGACGGUACCCCCACCUGCUCUCCGCCCCGUAAUAUGCUCAAGUCUUCCUCUCUACCACGUUCAUCUCCAGUCGGUGCCUUCGGACUCACCUGUGGCAUGAACUCUAUGAUGAGAGACUGUUGGAGUUGCUGUACAUUUUCCGUACGUCGGUAUUCUGGAGAUGAGAAAAGCCGUUCAGCACGUCGGCUGCAGACGGCACGUUUUUCUCCGCCCCCCCACCCUUUGGGUCACCUUUUAAUGGUUUUAUUUCCCCUUUGUUUCGGAUUAAUGAGCCAUCGAGCAGCGUUGAUCUUUUUAUUCAUUAACUUGAACUCGGAUUGGUUUUACGUUUCAGGAUAGAGAUUUCGAGGUUCGUUUUAUAUAAGUAGCGGCUGGACUUGAAACGCGUUUUUAACCGAAAGCCUCACUCGCAAUAUAGACACUGGAAAUGUAAAUGCAAGUUCCUGGUUUUAGAGGUCUACCGAGUAUUUUAGUAACUUAUAAGUAGUGUAUCUUCAAAUCAUGCUUCGAGGGAACGUGUGGAUGUUAUUGUUAUUUUGUUACUGAUUAUGCAAAAUGAAGAAACUCUGUGUUGUAAAACACUGACUGUCUUUUCAUCCUAUUGGAUGGGCUUUUGAAAUUCAGUGACGGUUUUGUCUCGCACACUCAGUGUGGGCUUACAGGUUUGUAUGGUUUCACUAGUGUUUCUGGGUUAAGCAUACUGUGAAAUGGUGCCUUACGCGGCCCUCCUGGGGCACCAUUGUUUUUAAUCACAUGAACGGCAUGGAAUUAUCUAAUAUGCCUCGAUUGAACGACAGUUUUGGAGCAGGAUCUCUGGUUAACUUAUUUGUGGAGAAACGGCAGGAUGAAUUUUACAAAAAUCACAUUGAAAAUGGGGUAGGUUUGACUGACUGCAGUAAUGUUUUACAAUACUAAUGUUGCUUUUUUUGUCAAAACAUUUUGUUUUCGAAAUUCACGUUCACUGUAAAUUGUCAGUAUCUGUCACUGGGCAUUAUUUAUGUCUCGUAUACCGAAUAUUUGCAUACUGCCCUUUAUGACAUGCAGGAGGAGUGGAAGUGACGCUUCUUUACAUUGUUUGGUGUUUUACAGAUUGCUUUUGUUGAGAGACAUUAAACUUCAUGUCGUGUGCAAUGAUUCCUUAGAGAUCCGAGGCAAAAAUAUUUCCAUCUUGUUUUAAUUCAUAUUGUUUGUGCUGAUGUUUGGACAAACAGUAUUGUUGAUCAAGGGAUUGUCUUUUGUCUAAAAAAGCAUAUCUAUUAGAACUUCUAUUUUUGCUAAAUUUAACAUGUUUUUGAAUGUUUGGUUGGUUUGAAAAAAGCGCUCAUCUCUAUUAAAUUUGUACUUUUGUAAAAGAAUAAAGUUCCUAAUUAUACAUUUGUCUUACUUUUGUUUGGAGAUUCUGUGUAUGUUUCAUGGGUGCACAUAUGAAAAAUGUUUGUUUAUGUAAUCUAAAUGUAGUAUUUGCUCCGCCUCUAAAAUGACAGUCUCCGCCUCCACAGGCUUUUGUGCCCUGUUAACUAAAAGCCACUUA